AUGGCUACGGAACUGGAAUUUCGGGUGAUACAGGUAAAUAAACUCGUCGACUACGAUGAAAUCUCGCAACAGAUGCUCGUCACCGAACCCUGGAGUUCCGCAAAGGACUGCGAGUACCCACAAAUCCUGCUCAUCGAGACCCGGCGAAAAGCAAACGUGGAAAAGAUGCAGAUCCUGGCUCACAAUCGCUUUAUUCCCCAAAAAAUCGAGAUCGAGACGAACCGGCAGCAUAUAUUGAGUGAUGGGGAGAAGAGCUAUACGAGACUUGGGGAGGUCUCCUUCAAGGAAAAGAAAAGCUCUGCCACAAAGCACGAGCUCAAAAGCGUCUUCAUGGACGAAACUCUAUCCAGAAUCCGGCUAAGAAUCGGCGAAAAUUACAUCAAUCGACACUCGAACCCUUAUAACCAGGUCGGGCUGAUGCAAAUCAAACUUUUUGGCGCCUACGUCCCAGAAGAGCCGGAGAACUACUCAUUCAAAUAUGUCGACGAAAAAGGGAGGCCGAAAAAAGUAGAGCACGAUGGCCUCGAAUCCUCGAGCGAGAUGAUCGACCACAAAUAUACUGAAGAGAUGUUGUCGCUCGGCGGGAUUUUGGACCGGAAUAAGAAGCGCUGUGUACAGGAAGAAAACUUCAAAAAGGCAAAAGAAGCGCAGUUGGCGCAACGAUUGCUGAAAAAAGCUACGAAAGAAAUGGAGGAGCUGGAAAAGGACAAGAAUGAUGCGAUUCAGGAAGAAGACUUCCAACGUGCCCAAGACCUGAAGGACGAAAUGAAGACAUUGAGAGCAAACGUUCUGGCAGCUAUCGACCCAAAAUUACUGGAGGAUGUACCGAAUGAUCCCGGGCCCUCUUCCGAUGACGUCACAAUCCGAAAGCCGGCCUCGAUCUACGAAACGGAUGGCCCGGUGCCUCCUCCCAAGCUUUUCCAACCAAUCCAACUGUCCCCCCGGUCUACGGUAGGCACCUCUGCCAAUCAGCGCGUAAAAACCGGCGUUUCGACAAUCCCAGACUCCCCUACCCCACGCGAGGAUCGUCACCUACUCAACGGCAGUCCGACACGCUCCGAAAUACGUAGCCCAAAACCGAUAGGCGAUCUACCGCUCCGACCGGUGGCUAGAUCGGAAAAGUCGAGACAGAAGACUUCCGGAAAUCGCUUCUACGAGAAGGAGAAUAUGGUGGUUCCGGUAGCGCUGAAGGGCCGUCGAACCUCGGACCCGGAAAUUCAGACGCACCGUCGGCACCGCGAAGAGCCGCCAGCCUUGACCGAAGCUGGGUUCCUUGACGCGAUCCACUCAUCCGAUAGGUCAAUGGCUUCGAGGGCCAUCGACACCUUUGGGUUGACUACGGUCCAAAAAAUCUAUUCGAAAAACUUUAACCAACGCCGCGAGGGGCUGCAAGAGCUGCAGGAGAAGCUGGAGAACAGCAGUGGGACCAAAAAGGCCGGGCCGGCGCUGGAUGCGGCACUUCCGCUUUUGACGAGAUGCUUACGGGAUACGCUAUAUGCGGUAUACACCUCGGCCCUCGACCUAUUCCGCUACAUUGGCCAGACCUUCAUCCCCGAGAAUCGUCUUGAAAAGUCGGGUGCUCAAAAAUACGCAACGGCUACGGCAGAACCACUUAUUUCUGUACUCGGAAAUUCAGCAAAGGACCAGCGACUACCCAGUGAGACGGUUGAUGCGCUCUCAGAUGUGCUGGCUGCCGAUCCAAAGAUCUGCAAAGCAUUCAUGCCUCGCUUGCUGGCCCGCUUCGAGUCGGGUGGGCAGAAAAGCGACCGUCCGAGGGCGGAAAUCGUCUAUGAACGAGCAAAAGCGCUGGGAAUCCCGCAACCGGAAGCCGGUCUCGACGAGAAGACCGUUGGGAAAUUUUCGAUAGCCGCGAUGAAGCAUUCGGAUUCUGAGGUGAAAACGAUCGGGAAGAAGCUUUUCGUUAUGGCCUAUGAAAAUGGCGAUCGGAAAGCAUUACGGAAAAUGCUGCCAGACGACUCGCCAUCUACGCGGAAUCCAGUCUACCGGCAACUUCACGAAGAACUGCGAAGAAUCGACGAUGGAGAGGGGAGGGGGGAGAGUCGAGGAAGGAGGACUGGCACCUCUUCCUCUUCCACCAGACGUCGUGAUUCAGAUGCCUCCGAAUCCAGAAAACCGCUGAAAAGCAAUUUGCGACCAGCAAGCGUUGGGAGAUCAAGAUCCGGCAUCCGGAAGCAGACGAGACGUGGCUCACGAGUCCGACUCCCCACCGCCGAGCAGCCCGAGCAAAAGGAGGAGCUCGACCUGGAUAACACUUCGCGGCAUCCUGAAGAAGCGCAGCUCGAUCGCAAA